UUAAAUCAUCUGCAAAAAAAAACUUUCACACAACUCUUUUAAUAGAUUUUUUCUGACCAGGCCCUCAAUAUAACAAACACACUGGCAUUUGAUUAACUUUUCUGAUAUUUUUGUCUCAUCUGAUAUGGGGAAAAGAGAUUUAUUUUUGCUCUAUAAAACUAAAAAGUACAUUUUGAGCACAUUUUAAGCCCAAAAAGUGAAUACUUUUUUUUUUUUCUUUUUGGAAGGUGUGUCAGAAUAUUUGUCCUGAUGGCAGUGGACACUGACUUUGGUGUGAAGAGCAGCAGCAUCAUGCGAGAAUGGAGCGGACAGGUCCAGCCUGCUCUGGUUGCAUCUUUUAUCUUCCUCUUCUGCUUGGAAGCCUGCCUGUGGUUCAGGAACCUGAGGCUUAAGAGAAGGCUGCCGGGACCCUUCGCCUGGCCCGUAGUGGGCAACGCCAUGCAGCUGGGUCAGAUGCCUCACAUCACCUUCGCCAAACUAGCCAAGAAAUAUGGUAAUGUAUACCAGAUACGGCUAGGUUGCAGUGACAUUGUGGUGCUGAACGGAGACAGGGCGAUACGUCAGGCUCUGAUACAGCACGGCAAGGAGUUUGCCGGCAGACCAAACUUUCACUCCUUCCAGAUGAUCUCUGGAGGCAGGAGCCUGACAUUUACUAAUUACAGCAAACAGUGGAAGGCACAUAGGAAAAUUGCCCAGUCCAGCCUGAGAGCCUUCUCCUCUGCAAACAGUCAGACCAAGAAAGCCUUUGAGCAGCACGUUAUGGCUGAGGCUAUGGAACUGGUGCAGGUGUUUUUGCACCACAGCGCAGAUGGACAGUAUUUUGACCCUUCACAUGAGUGCACAGUAGCUGCUGCUAACGUCAUGUGCGCUCUUUGCUUCGGGAGGCGAUACGGCCACGACGACCUGGAGUUCAGGACAAUGUUGACUAGGUUGAACAAAUUUGGUGAGACCGUUGGAGCAGGCAGCUUGGUAGAUGUCAUGCCCUGGCUGCAGUCCUUCCCCAACCCGGUUCGCAGCAUCUACAAAAACUUUAAAAAUCUCAACGAGGAGUUCUUCGCCUAUGUGAAAGAUAAAGUGGUGGAGCACAGAGAGUCCUUCAGUCCAGAUGUGACCCGAGACAUGAGUGACGCCAUCAUCAACGUGAUCGAGCAUGGAAAAGACAGCGGCCUAACAAAAGACUUUGUAGAAGCGACGGUGACAGAUCUAAUCGGAGCGGGCCAAGACACAAUAUCCACCAUGAUGCAUUGGAUCAUUCUGGUCCUGGUCAAAUAUCCGGAGGAGCAAGCUAAGCUACAUGACCUCAUAGACAAAGUGGUGGGUCCAGACAGACUUCCCUCAACAGAAGAUCGCAUCAGCUUGGCAUACCUGGAUGCCUUCAUCUACGAGACCAUGCGCUUCACCAGCUUUGUCCCACUCACCAUCCCACAUUCCACCACCUCAGACGUCAUCAUCGAAGGUCUCAACAUCCCCAAAGACACAGUGGUCUUCAUCAACCAGUGGUCCGUCAACCAUGACCCUCUGAAAUGGAAGGAUCCGCAUAUAUUUGACCCCUCUCGCUUCCUGAGUGAAAACGGGGCCCUCGAUAAAGACAUCACCAACAGCGUUAUGAUUUUCUCAACAGGUAAAAGGCGCUGUAUUGGUAACCAGAUCGCCAAGGUCGAAGUGUUUUUAUUCACGGCCGUCUUGUUGCACCAGUGUAGCUUAGCGAGCGACCCUUCUCAGCCCAUCACUCAGGACUGCUCCUACGGGCUCUCACUGAAGCCUCUCAGAUACUGUGUCAGUGCCAAGCUCAGAGGAAAAUUACUUGACUUGGUUUCCCCAGCGUGAGCUGCAUGCACUAACACUGUAACUUAAGGCCAGCAGAGAAUUCCCCACACCUCCCCAUCAGUGAGAUUUAACAGUGAGUAUGAGCAUACCUGCACAGAGUUCUGUUGUAAGAUGUUCCUAUUUAAUAUAUUUAAACAUGCAUUGGUGUUGAGAGUAUAGUGUGGAGGCUGUGAUAUUAGAGAGGAAGAAUUCAGGUUCAUGGUAUUAAUGCAAGAAGUUCUCCAAACUUGAUCAAAUUUUGUACAUAACUCUUAUCAAGAGUCGAAUGCUUGUUUUGCAUGAGCAUGUGCAUGUAGGAUGUGCACAGGAGUAGCUACAUCCCUUAAAUGUCCAUUUAAACUAACGUUAUAAUGUAUUGUGAAUGUUAGUCACUUGUUCCCAAUUGUGCUGUCUAAGAAUAUAUUUAACCAUUGUCAUAUCAUGAUUUUACAAUGUUUUUUAUAAGUUUGGAGUAUGACAAUAAAUGUAAGAAUAAAUGUUAUCUAUCUCACUAUCUACUGUAUUCUAAGCAUGUGAAAACAUGAAAUAAGCGAUGAUGAAAGGGAAAAGAGUACUUGGAAGUGAAAAGGAAGCCUUUCAUCAAGGAGCAUCCAUCAGAGAAAAUGUGCACAAACCUUUUUUUGUGCGGCAAGUGUUCCCCCAAGCCCUGCAUGCCAAACACCGUUCCCAUCAGUACACACAUUGCAGAUGUGCGCCAUGUUUUUUUUCUCAUGAGGCAUUAUCAUGACCAUGUUUGUUUACAAGGUUUUCAAAGCUACACGGAUGUUCCUGCGCCCUCUUUAUUCCUGCACACUCGGUGCAUGUUUAUUUUUUGCAACCAACUACUCAGCAGGGCUUCAUGUGUUGGCUUUAUAUGAUGAAAAAAUAAGCUAUAUCUGAAAUGAAUAUUAACAAUAAAAACU